AAGAGGAUGUGUAAUGAAUAAUUCACAUUAGGCAUCCACCACCCCAUUACCUAUUACAAGGUCAGCAAGGGCAAUAGGCUGGGCUUUUUGCAAAAGGGUUGGUUCAGUCACAUUCCUGCCUGAUCCAAAAGUAGGUUUGAGGGUUAAGGCCGAUUCAAAUGAUGUGCAGAAGCUGGUGUAUAUAACUAGGAGAUAGUGUUUUCAGCGAAAACCAGAGGAUUACACGGGGAAGAAAACACACUGUCAGUGAUUUCUGUUGUGUCGGCUUUUGAUACCUGCUGAAGAGAUGGAAAGCCUGGAUGUUUGAAGCCAAGAGAUUUCAAUUUAAGUCUAUUUUUGAGCAAGCUCCAGAGUGCAGGGUGUACGGCAGUACUGUAGAGGGCUGGGCUCCAAUCGGGAAAAAAAAAAAAAAAAGCAAGCGAGGCGAUGAUAAUAAAUAGCAUAGGCGUUCAUAACAUCGUACCGGCUUGUUUUUGUAAUAUUUUAUAGUGGCAGUUGUUUCAUUAUAUUCAUCGUUUUUGAAAAUGUCUUGACAAGUGGAAUCUGUAAGACACCAUGACAGAUUACAGGGAGGAUGGUAUGGAUUUGGGAAGCGAUGCCUGCAGUCGUUCCAGCUCGGAAUCCAACUCUAACAAAGUAACGCCAUGUUCGGAGUACAACUCCUCUCCCAGCCUGGAUUUGGCUACUCUGGAAGAUUACGAGGAGGACGAGGACUAUCAAGAGUACAAGAAGAAGGUAAUUGAGGAGUGGGAAAGCGAAUACGAGGACUACCCCGAGAACGAGGGCUACCCCAAAACCGUAAACAGCAGGAGUUUAGCAGAGGAGCUCCAAGAUAUCAAAAACCCCACUCCCCAGCUUCCCUGUGACACUGCCCCUGACGAACUGAAGCAAAAUGGCAAUGUUGUUCCAAGCUACCCAGGGCUGAAAGCAAACAAAACAUCUCGAAAGCCCCAGCAGGCCUUGCGGGUAACAGGCAGCGGCGGGGGAGUCAUAUCCUGGAGACAGCUUGAGAGCUCAGGGACUUGCGCCACAGAGGAGCAGCAGCUGCCUACCAUGGACUGGGAGGCCCUGGAGAAACAUCUUGCUGGAUUACAGUUUCGAGAACAGGAGGUGCGCAAACAAAACCAGAGCCAUGGAAAACCCAACUACACCUCAGCCCAAAAGAAUGAAAGAGAAUCAAUCCGGCAGAAGCUGGCACUGGGCAGUUUCUUUGAUGAUGGCCCAGGGAUUUAUACCAGCUGCAGCAAGAGUGGGAAGCCCAGUCUGUCUUCACGUCUUCAAAGUGGGAUGAACCUGCAGAUCUGCUUUGUGAAUGACAGUGGCAGUGACAAAGACAGCGACGCCGAUGACAGCAAGACUGAAACCAGCCUGGAUACCCCACUCUCCCCAGUGAGCAAGCAGAGCUUGUCCUACUCUGACCGUGACACUACUGAAGAGGACUCAGAGUCCUUGGAGGACAUGGACUUCCACACCCGGCAGAAGAAGUUACAGGCUGAGGCUAAGAUGGCGCUUGCCAUGGCCAAGCCCAUGGCUAAAAUGCAGGUGGAGGUAGAGAAGCAGAACAGAAAGAAGUCGCCAGUAGCAGACCUUCUGCCUCACAUGCCUCAUAUAAGUGAAUGCUUAAUGAAGAGAAGCUUGAAGCCCAUAGACCUGAGGGACAUGACGAUUGGUCAGCUGCAAGUUAUAGUUAACGACCUCCACUCCCAGAUUGAAAGUUUGAAUGAAGAGUUGGUACAGAUGCUGCUUAUCAGGGAUGAGUUGCACAUGGAGCAAGAUGCCAUGCUGGUGGACAUUGAAGAUCUGACUAGGCAUGCUGAAAGUCAACAGAAGUACAUGACAGAGAAACCCCCAUCCAAAUGAAAAAGAGACGCCACCACCUGUUUCUGGGAAUGAAGAACAAGGCUAGAUUUUAAUUUGCUUAUGUGGUUAUAAAAAUACUGAUGCUUAAGAUGGUGCACUUCAAGAGAAAAAAAAAAGUCAGUGUUAUCAUCAAAACUGUCUGAAGC